AUGGACCACAGCAAAGUACACGAUCAGCCGCACACUGACGGCACUGUGCCACAUUCGACCGACAAGCCUCACCAUGGCUGGACAGGACAUACCGAGAAUCCCGAUGCAUUCCGAGCAGAAGAAGAAUCCAUCAUGGAGGCGAUCGAAGUCGACAGCCCGGUAGCAUCUAUCCACCAAGUACAUGAAUCGACAGACCUUGAGAAGUCGGCAACGAAGGAAACCCAGACCACUCACGAACCCGUCACUCGAACGAUGACGGCGCAGGAUUGGUCCGGCCCGGACGAUCCAGAUAAUCCUCAGAAUUGGACCCUGUUCAAACGAGCCAUGCAUAUCUUUCCCAUCGCCUUCCUAUCAUUCGCCGUUACAGCAGGAUCCUCGAUGAUCACACCUGCUACUCCCGAGAUCGCACGACACUUUGAAGUUUCGCGGACAGCUUCGAUCUUAUCACUCUCGCUCUUUGUGCUUGGCUUGGGACUGGGACCUACCAUCGCCGCGCCGUUGUCCGAGAAAUUCGGCAGAAGUGCAGUGUACAAGUCCAUCGGGCCGGUGUAUAUGCUCUUCAUCGUUGGCAGUGGCUUCACCAAAUCCUUCGGUGGUCUACUCGUCUGUCGACUGCUAGCCGGAAUGGCUGGAGGGCCGGUGCUAGCGGUAGGAGCAGGCACGAACGCUGAUCUAUUCCCUCCUCAGACACGAGCUGUGUCGUCGACGUUUUAUGUCAUGGCGCCCUUCCUUGGUCCAGCAUUGGGUCCCGUCAUCGGAGGCUUCGCGGCCCAAUUCAAGGGCUACAAAUGGACGCAAUGGUGUACUAUCUUCAUCGCCAUCGCCAGCUAUGCCUUCAUCCUACCUAUGCACGAAACGUACAAGAAGAUCAUCCUCAAGCGAAGAGCGAAGAAAUUGGGCAUUGCUCCACCGCCUGCGCCCCAGCUUAGUGCUCUAGGUUACGCCAAAAUGCUCUUAACAAUCACCAUCGCCCGACCAGUGACCAUGCUGUGUACGGAACCAAUCGUCUUCUUCUUGAGCCUGUAUACGGCCUUUACCUUCAGCGUUCUUUUUGCCUUCUUCGCCGCCUUUCCCUACACGUUCGAAUCAGUCUAUCACUUCCAAACCUGGCAAUACGGCCUCACCUUCCUUGGGAUAGGCAUCGGUGUUCUACUCGCCGCCGCCUCCGCCAUUUUCAUCGAUCGAACCGUGUACAUGAAGAAACAUCAUCAGGCCGUCAAGGAAGGGAGACGGCAGGCAAGGCCGGAACACAGGUUGUAUGCUGCUAUGAUUGGCGCGUUCGGAGUACCUGUCGGGCUUUUCUGGUUCGCAUGGAGUGCGAGGCAAGACGUUCACUGGAUUGUCCCUGUCAUCGGCGGUAUUCCAUUCGCUUGGGGUAAUCUCAUGAUCUUCGUCUCGGCCGCGCUAUACCUUAUCGACGUCUACGGGCCUAUGAAUGGCGCUAGCGCCAUGGCAGCGAAUGGAUUGGCGCGGUAUGGCCUGGGUGCUGCUUUCCCGCUUUUUGCGUUCCAGAUGUAUCAACGACUUGGCAUUGGCUGGGCGACCAGCCUGCUGGGUUUCAUCAGCUUGGGCUUGUUACCCAUACCCUUUGUUUUCUUCAAAUUCGGGCCGACUAUCAGGGCGAAGUCACGAUAUGAGACGAUGAAGUUCGACUGA